AUGUCUAUGGGGAUAAACGCAGUGGCAAGAGCACGAAAAAUCUUAGAGGAGGCUAAGCCAGGAAGUCGAGAGUCUGAGGACGCACGAGCUUUUCUUCUUUCUCACCGUCGACAACCUGAAGUCUUUGACGCUGGAUUCGUCGUAGACGAUGAUGAGGAGGAACCAAGCGGACCUUUCACUGAUGAGGAGGAGGAUGAAGACGAAGAGGACGAGGAUUCUCCGUCUGAGCCAGAGGAGGAUCCUGAUUUUGUUCCUGCAAAUGAACAUUCGCAAAAACGGCUGAACCUCGUGGAUGAUUUGUAUGCAGUGCCUAAGUCAAAGCGCAAAGAACCUGCAACCAAAUCAAAGAAACUGGAGCCAGUUGUUAAACUGAAAAAAGUUGAUUUAUAUACGGAGCAGAAACGACGACGGGAAGCAAGGGAGAAUGCAGCUGAUGCGAAGAAGGUUGACGCUGCUUCCAAGAAGGAGCUAGAUGCCGCUCGUCGAAACCCGUUAAGCUUGUUCUACACUGGUCCUGAAGAGAAGACAGUCAAGGCUGCUGCCGCCGCUAACAAGAGGAAGAUGGCUGAAAAGGAAAAGUCCCCAGCGGAGAAGAGAGGUCGAGUCAAGAGUGUUCCGCCUUCUGCUGUUCCUGUUCCUUCAUCGGCGCUUGUUCCUGUUGCUCGUACUACGAUUCCUCCUGCAAGCUCAUCAUCAUCAGCUCCGGAGCAUGAAGCAUAUGUGCCUUCAUCAUCUUACAAAGGUCCUAUUUCGCUUAAUUUUGCUCCCGAAGGGGAAAGGAGUGACGAUCCUAGUGGACAAAAUAUUGUCCAUUGGGAGGGCCAGCUAGGUCAGGGGUUUUGGCUAAAACUCCAAACUUGGAGAAAAAAUGGGCAGGCUUAUGUCCUCUCUUAAGCUGAACAAGUUGGUUGGUCAGAGGAAGUAGAUUCUAAUCAGGGCGUCUAUAAAAAUUCGGAAGAUCUUAUAAUUAUUUCAAAUAACGAUUAUAUAAUGGGACAUACACAGUUUUUUCACUUCUUGCCUAUAA